AUGAAGAGAACGAGACAGAGAAGAGAGCAUCACGCCAUUAAAUCUCUUCCAAACGAUUUGUUGAUGGAAGUACUUGUUAAGGUUGCAUCAGCUUCUCUCACCGACCUCCUCAAGCUUAAAUUAAGUUGCAAGGAUUUUUGUGGGUUGGUGGAAGAUGAUUAUAUUUUUCAACAUGUAUCGUUGAAGGAGCUUCCACUAGUUUGGUGCACAAGAGAUGAAGUUCUGUCAUUCUUAAAACGCUGCAAGCAGAGCGGAAACCCAGAUGCAUUAUUUCGAGAAGGCAUAUAUGGAUACUUCAGUUCUAAGAAUCCAGGAUUAGGACUUGAGUUUUUGGAGAAAGCAUCCAAAAAAGAACAUAUUGAAGCAACAUAUAUGUAUGGUCUUAUUUUAAUUUGUUCUGGGGGUCCAUUAAAGCAACAUGGCUUUCAGCUUCUAUCUUCUCUUAUUACUAGCAAGUUAAACGGCUCAAGAAUAAAAGAAUGUCGAAGGAGAGUAAAGGAUUGUAUUCGAAGCAUGUGGAUCAAAAAUAACAUGGCUAGAGAUCAAGAGCCCUACUGCCCUAAAGAAACAUGCUGCAACUAUGGGAGAAUCCCAAAUUCUUUGACGGCAAAAAGGGCAGGAUGGCUAUCAAAUGACUAUAUAGAGAACGAGGACGACAAGUUCACGUGUUGCGAGUAUUGCCGAUGUCAUCAUGAAGUGCAUUUGUUUUGUAAUAUGUUACAGGGAAAGUAG